AUGGGUGCUGCGCUGGUGAUACUGCUGCUGGGCCUUCAGACCUUGGCUGGUCAUGGCUCAAAGCCUCAGGAGAAAGGCACUGUCCCUGACUGGGCCAUUGUGUUGAUCACUCUCACUGUGGCAGCAGGAAUUAUCAGCUUCCUCUAUGUCAUCAAGAAGGCUUGCGAGUUCUGGAAGGAGAUGAGUGUGGGGUGUGACUGUUGCUUCUCGGCUCCUUACAGCUGCCACCAUGAGGCCACCAGCCAGCGUUACUCUGUCAACUGGGACCAUGUCCUGGGGCCCCUGAUCCUCCAGGUCUCCUCCACCAACAGCAGAAGAUCCCAGCCCUUCGACAGACACCCAGUUGAGGAGAGUGAGGCUCAGAGAAGUAAAGGCUUGCUCAAAGUCAUGCAGCUACAGGGUGGCAAGCAGGGGUUCCACCACCUCAUGCGACUGCCCUCAGGGAAAUACACAGAAAGGACUGCAUUGACUCCUGAGAAGACCACAAGAGCCACAACAAAGACUAAAGAACAUCCAAACAAGACCAUCUCAGCCCAUGAGAAAACCACAAAGACCCCAGUAAGGACCACAGAAUAUCUAAAAAAGAUGACAUGGAUUCCUGAUAAGAGCACAAGAAUCCCAGUGAAGACCAAUAAAUGGUCAAAAAAGAAUACAUCUGCUCCAGUGACAACCUCAAAAAUCCCAGUGAAGAGCCCAGAACAUAUAGAAAAGGAUGCUCCAAUGACAACCACAAGAUUCCCAGUGGGGACCUUAGAACAGUCAGAAAAGACCACAUCAGUCCCUUAUAAGAAGAGCACCAGAGUUUCAGUGAAGACUCUAGAGCCAAAAAAGACCACAUUGGCUCCAGAGAAGACUAUAAAAGUGCCAGAGAAGACCACUAAACAGAUGAAAACUACUACAUGGACAACUGAAAAGACCAAAAGAGUCCCAGCAAAACACCCAGAACACCCAGAAAAGAUCACAGUGGCAACUGAGUCUACAAGACAUCCAUUCACGAUCACAGGAGAUAUAUCUCUCACUACUACCUCACAUUCAAAUAAAAAUGAGGUUACCCACCAGGUGCCCAUUGAGUCUUUUACACUCACUACAUCCAGCUUGGAAUUGAGCUCCAAGAUAUCAGAAGCCCCAGGGAACAAAAGCCAUCCAUAUCAGAAUAAAGGUGGCUCAAAGGGAAGUCUCCAUGCUGGAGAGACGGGGGAGAAUGAUUCAUUCCCUGCUUGGGCCAUAGUCCUGGUGGUCUUUGUGGCUGUGAUUCUCCUCCUGGUGUUCUUCAGCCUGAUUUUCCUGGUCUCCUGUUUGACUCGAACACGCCAUCCACUGACCCAGAAAUCUCAGGAGAAUGACCCAGAAGAUGAUGGAGGCCCUAAUUCCUACCCAGUCUACCUGAUGGAGCAGCAGACUUUGGGCAAGGGCCAAAUCCCUUCCUCACGAUGA